ACUUCGAAGGAAGCAGCUAAGAAUGAAAUCAGAGGUUAUACUGAACACUUGUGCUCGUCGUCUCCACAAAAAAGCUAGCAGUAAGGAAACAACCUGUAGCAAUGGAAAAGGACCCACCUGUCUCACAGACAAUGAUGGUCACAGCUUGCUCAACAUCGAAAACAUACAUGACAACAGUUCUAUACUUAAUGGCAAAACACCUGAUAAACAAUGUGUUAAUGGCAAACUUAUGAUGGAUGAAGAAGGAGGGGAACGGCUAAUGUUGCCAUCACCAGAGGGCAGUACUAGUAAUUUACUAGAACAGACCAGCAACAUGGAUUCUCCAAGCCAUUCACCACCACUUUGCUCCAGCAACAGACUUGGUGCUUUUAACAACAAUGGUAGCUCAGAGAGCUUAUGUUCCUCAAUGCCACCAUUGUGUCUUUCACAGGCACUUCCCACAAGUCCACAGGGAAUUGACUCUUUGUCAUUUCCCUGUGAUAGCAAAAACCCUGUUGCUUUACCUGUAGCUCUUUAUGCCAAUUUUAGUUCAAUUCAACAAGAUGUCCAAGAGUUUAUACGGCCGAGUAUUAUAGCCACGGUUGGCUCUGUUGGUUUGAAUUUGUCAACAUCUAGUCUCAUGGACACAACAGUUGCCUCCCCUGGCCUGGGCUCUCCUCUUUCUUUAGGUCAUCCAAGUCUGGAUCUUCAUGGAGAUGGAGGUGUACAGUCAAGCUCUCAGUUAUCGCCGAACUCCGACUCAUCACCGUCUUUUAUAAAAAUAUUUGCAAGCGAAAAAGAGGCAGUAGGAAUAGAGUUUUAUGGAUGCCGUUGGGUCGGCUGUGAUAGAAAAUUCAUUCUAUUGGACGAUUUAGUAAACCAUGUUAAUGACUCGCACGUCAAGGUGGAACGUCCGGAUAUUGACUACCAGUGUAAAUGGGAUGGCUGUCCACGGAAAGGCAAAGGCUUCAAUGCUAGGUACAAGAUGUUGAUUCAUAUUCGUACCCACACAAACGAGAAACCUCACAAGUGUAGCAUCUGUGGAAAGUGUUUCUCACGACUAGAAAAUCUCAAAAUACACAACAGGUCUCAUACAGGUGAGAAGCCAUAUGCUUGUCCUUUUGAAGGAUGUAACAAGGCAUAUUCAAACUCAAGUGACAGAUUCAAACAUGUGCGGACUCACCAGGAGGAAAAACCUUAUAUAUGUAAAAUGCCAGGAUGUAACAAACGAUACACAGACCCGAGUUCUCUCCGUAAGCAUGUACGAACUCAUGGACACUAUUAUCGUGAAAAUGAAAAACAGAUUGCCAAAAAUAACAAAUCGUUGUACUUAUCAAACAUUCCUACCCCCGUAUCCCCAUCUCUCACCACAAGCUCCCCUCACGGAUCAAUACACUCCCCUCCUGUGAAUAGAUUUCUACCCUUGUCUCCAGGUAGUAUCCUUCCUCCCUCACCGAUGCCAUCACAGCUCAUGUCAGUACACAACAUUAUGCAUGUAUCAAGCUUCACAUCGAAUCCUCUCUUAUCGUCUACAAUGUUAUCAACACCUGUCACAACGACACAAACGACGUCCACUCAAACAGAUCGUAUCCUCAGUUCCCUCUCUCCCACUUCACCAAUUAAACUUGAUCUCAGCACAGACAAGAGCUCUGAUGACCAGGAUGAGAAGUGUCAAGAUGGUCCUUUGGACUUAACCACGAACACUUCUUCAGAAACAGACACAGACAUUGAAGUUGGGGAUAGAGAGGUUUCAAAUUUUUCAACAAGUAAAUGGGAUUUAAUACAUUCCUGA